AUGUAUUGUGGUGUUCCCACGCAGCGGCACUUAUUAAUUGCCGUUGACGGCGAUUCCUCCCCAUCCCUCCCCUCUUCCCUUGCUCCCCCCCUCCCCCUCCUCUUCCCCCCCCCCCCCCCGCCUCCCCUCCCCCCCGUUUCCCUCCACGUGCAGAUAAGCAAAGCGGCGUCUCUAGCGCCAGGCAGUCGCCAACUGGCUGCGUCUAUCGCCCGUUCGCCCGUCACGGCGCGCACUCGGCGGUCGCUGCGGGUGCGCGCGGAGGCGAAGGACAUUCUGUUCGACCAGGCGGCGCGGUCCGCCAUGCAGUCCGGCAUUGACAAGCUCGCGGACGCCGUGGGAGUCACGCUCGGCCCGCGAGGUCGCAAUGUGGUGCUGGACGAGUUCGGCGCGCCCAAAGUGAUCAACGACGGCGUCACCAUCGCCAGGGCCAUCGAGCUGCCCGACCCCAUGGAGAACGCCGGCGCCGCCCUCAUCCGCGAGGUGGCGUCGCGCACGAACGACUCGGCGGGCGACGGCACGACGACGGCGAGCGUGUUGGCGCGCGCGCUGAUCAACCUGGGGCUGCUCAACGUUACGGCGGGCGCCAACCCCGUGGCGCUCAAGAAGGGCAUUGACAAGACCGUUGCGCACCUCGUCGAGUCGCUCAAGGAUCGCGCGCGCCCCGUCAAGGGCCGCGACGAUAUUAAGGCUCUCACGCGCCGUGCGUGUGGCAGUCUGCGAGACUCGCCGCUCUCGAAGCAUCCCAAUCUCACUUCAUCUCUCGCACCCUCUCCCUCCCCGUUCCCCACCUUCACCCAUCUGUCACCGUGCGCGUGCCGUACCCUCCCCCUUGGGCGAGCAGCGGUGGCGACGAUCAGCGCGGGCAACGACGACGAGAUCGGCGAGAUGAUCGCAGACGCGGUGGACAAGGUGGGCGCGGACGGCGUGCUCUCCAUCGAAAGCUCCUCGUCCUUCGAAACCACCGUCGACGUCGAGGAAGGCAUGGCGGUGAGUUGCGCUUCUUCCCCGUCCGCUUGCUUCUUGCCCGUGUGCCCGCUCCGCGGUUCCUACUUAGCACAUUCGCUCCCCACGGGUCCCACCUUCCGCCCGCUUCACAUGCCGUCCUACCUACUCAUCCCCACUCGCCCGGUUUGCUCCCCAACCCCUCCGCGCCCUUCCCUCUCUCCGGGUGCGCAGAUCGACCGCGGUUACAUUUCGCCACAGUUCGCGACGAACACGGAGAAGAUGCUCGUCGAGUUCGACAACGCGCGCGUGCUCGUGACGGACCAGAAGCCCGCCUUCCCCGUCGCGCUUGUGCUCCGCAGUCCCCAUGACUUUAACGCGCUCUUCGCCACUCACACGCUCAGCGCCCAGUUGCACUAUCGACUGUUCGCUGACGCACUCACUCCCCGCUCCCCACCUCCCUCCCCCCCCUCCCUCUCCCCCUCGGGCGCACGCGCGGCGCAGAUCACGGCGAUCAAGGACAUCAUCCCCGUGCUGGAGCGCACGUCGCAGCUGUCGGCGCCGCUGCUGAUCAUCGCGGAGGACGUGUCGGGCGAGGCGCUGGCGACGCUGGUGGUGAACAAGCUGCGCGGCGUGCUGCAGGUCGCCGCCAUCAAGGCGCCCGGCUUCGGUGAACGCCGCAAGGCGCUGCUGCAGGACAUCGCCAUCGUCACAGGGGCGGAGUUCAUGGCGUCUGAUCUGGGGCUCAAGGUGGAGGGGGCGACGGCGGACCAGCUGGGAGUGGCGAGGAAAGUGACCAUCAGCAGCAGCAGCACAACGCUCAUUGCUGACAGCGCCACCAAGGACGAGAUCGCGGCCCGCGUGGCGCAGAUCAAGCGCGAGCUGCAGGAGACGGACAGCGUCUACGACACGGAGAAGCUCUCGGAGCGCAUUGCCAAGCUCGCUGGGGGCGUGGCUGUCAUCAAGGUGGGGGCGGCAACGGAGACGGAGUUGGAGGACCGCAAGCUGCGCAUUGAGGACGCCAAGAACGCCACCUUCGCCGCCAUCGAGGAGGGCAUCGUGCCGGGCGGUGGCGCCACCAUGGUGCACCUGGCAGCGCUGGUGCCGGCCUUCAAGGCGCAGCUCACGGACGCGGAGGAGCGCAUCGGAGCCGACAUCGUGGAGCGCGCCCUGCUGGCACCGUGCUCACUGAUUGCCCACAACGCGGGUGUGGAGGGCGCGGUGGUGGUGGAGCGCGUGAGGGAGAGCGAGUGGGAGAUGGGGUACAACGCCAUGGCCGACCAGUAUGAAGACCUCCUCGCCUCCGGUCCGUGCUCCUCUCCCUGCUCACCCCUUACCCCGCGCCACUCCCUGCUCGUGCUCACCUGCGCUGCUCGUCACUCAUCUGCCCUCCACACUCCCUCCCCUCCCAUGCGUGCAGGAGUGAUCGACCCCGCCAAGGUGACGCGGUGUGCGCUGCAGAACGCGGCAUCGGUGGCGGGCAUGGUGCUGACGACACAGGCCAUCGUGGUGGAGAAGCCCAAGAACAGCAGCGGCGCCGCCAACACCCCCUACUCGCCACAAGUGCCCCUCACGCUCUAG